CCGAGGCUACGCCCCUCCCCGCCCUCCGCGAAGGCACCUGGGAAGAGGCGGAGAACAAUAUGGCGGAUGGCGAGGAGCCGGAGAAGAAAAGAAGGAGAAUAGAGGAGCUGCUGGCUGAGAAAAUGGCUGUUGAUGGUGGGUGUGGGGACACUGGAGACUGGGAAGGUCGCUGGAACCAUGUAAAGAAGUUCCUCGAGCGAUCUGGACCCUUCACACACCCUGAUUUCGAACCGAGCACUGAAUCUCUCCAGUUUUUGUUAGAUACAUGUAAAGUUCUAGUCAUUGGAGCUGGCGGCUUAGGAUGUGAGCUCCUGAAAAACCUGGCAUUGUCUGGUUUUAGACAGAUUCAUGUUAUAGACAUGGACACUAUAGAUGUUUCCAAUUUAAAUAGACAGUUUUUAUUUAGGCCUAAAGACGUUGGAAGACCUAAGGCUGAAGUUGCUGCAGAAUUUCUAAAUGACAGAGUUCCUAAUUGUAAUGUAGUUCCACAUUUCAACAAGAUUCAAGAUUUUAAUGACACUUUCUAUCGACAAUUCCAUAUUAUCGUGUGUGGAUUGGACUCUAUCAUAGCCAGACGAUGGAUAAACGGCAUGCUGAUAUCUCUGCUAAAUUAUGAAGAUGGUGUGUUAGAUCCAAGCUCCAUUGUCCCUUUGAUAGAUGGGGGGACAGAAGGUUUUAAAGGAAAUGCUCGGGUGAUUUUGCCUGGGAUGACUGCUUGCAUUGAGUGUACACUGGAACUUUAUCCACCACAGGUUAAUUUCCCCAUGUGCACCAUUGCAUCCAUGCCCAGGCUGCCAGAACACUGCAUUGAAUAUGCAAGGGUGUUGCAGUGGCCUAAAGAGCAGCCUUUUGGAGAUGGGGUUCCAUUAGAUGGCGAUGAUCCUGAGCAUAUUCAGUGGAUUUUCCAAAAAUCUCUAGAGAGAGCAUCACAAUAUAAUAUUAGAGGUGUUACCUAUAGACUCACUCAAGGAGUAGUAAAACGAAUAAUUCCUGCAGUAGCUUCCACGAAUGCAGUCAUUGCAGCUGUGUGUGCCACUGAGGUUUUUAAAAUAGCCACAAGUGCAUACAUUCCCCUUAAUAAUUACUUGGUAUUCAAUGAUGUAGACGGUCUGUAUACAUACACAUUUGAAGCAGAGAGAAAGGAAAACUGUCCAGCUUGUAGUCAGCUUCCUCAAAAUAUUCAGUUUUCUCCAUCAGCCAAACUACAAGAGGUUUUGGAUUAUCUAACAAAUAGUGCUUCUCUGCAGAUGAAAUCUCCAGCUAUCACAGCCACAUUAGAGGGGAAAAAUAGAACACUUUACUUACAGUCAGUGACUUCUAUUGAAGAACGAACAAGGCCAAAUCUUUCUAAGACGUUGAAAGAAUUAGGACUUGUUGAUGGACAAGAACUGGCGGUUGCUGAUGUCACCACACCACAGACUGUUCUGUUCAAACUUCAUUUUACUUCUUAAGAAACAUAAAUCUGCACAUAAUAGAAAACUCAU